AUGGGUGCUCUAUUCUUAGAGCCCCAUAAACAGACUAAAUUCAAGGUGUCUGUAUCACACUUUAUGAAUUCCACUUGUCGGAUUCCUACUAAUCGAUUCUACGUAUAUCUAGUCGGAUUUGUGGGAAUAUUUCUCUUAUGCUGUAAUCCUGUGAAUGCUCUCCUGGGCAGAUUACAAACAGCACCUCAGGGUACAUUGGAUAUACUAAGGGCUGUAAGACUUGGUGAACAGGCAUAUGUACAGACUUCACCUGGGCGAUGUCGUCAGAGUUUAAAUGAUCUGGAGACAUCAUCAAAUGCUGAUGAAAGACAAGUGGCUUAUUCUGUUCCACGUGGAUUAAGUCUUUAUGUAGAAGGUCGAACUUUAGUUCUUGAUGCAUUUCCUCCAGAUCUUUCAAUUUUAUUCACUGUACGAUUGGAAUCUAAUCUAGAGAAUGAGUUAUUCACUCUUUUUGAUCGACAUGGCAGACUGAUUCUACGCUUAACAUUUGGUACACAUAUACAAUUAGAAUAUUUAUCCAAAGAAUUACAAUCUGAACAACUUCUUACAACUCAUCCUCGAGAUUUUAAGACGCAUUCAGGAAAAACAUUAGAGAAGGCUAUUUUCAAAACUCGUCUCAAUGAUGGAUUAUGGCAUCGUGUAGCAGUCAGCAUUGGUACUACUACAGCAAGACUAUUAGUCGAUUGUAAACAACGUGAAUCUCUACAUUACAAUCGUUCAUCAGCAAGUAUAGACAACAGAGGAAGAAUACAAAUAUUAAAAGAUGGAAUUCAUGGUUUUAUUGAAGAUUUUUAUAUUUUACCUGGUGAAGAAGGUGCUGCUAAACAAUGUGAUGUUUAUUCACCGGAUUGCUUUGAAGAUCAAAUGAUGGGUGAUGAAGGGGAUAAGGAAACUGAUCCAAUGCAAGGACCGACUGGUUCCAUGGGGGAUAGUGGUCCACCAGGAGAUAAAGGAGAACCAGGUUUGAAUGGUUCGUCAGCUGCUGCUGGAGAACCUGGUCCACCUGGUCCUAUGGGAUCAUUAUUUGUGAUUCCUUUAAAUCUUGGUAUUGGCAGCAGCAGCUUUGCACGUGCUACCACAUUUAGAGAUUUACUACAAAAACAUCUGUUAUCCCUUAAAGGUGUACGUGGACCUCGGGGGAUGACUGGUAGUACCGGCCCUGAAGGAAUGCCUGGAGACCCUGGUACUAAAGGUGAAGUUGGACAUCCAGGUGACACGGGAUAUCAAGGACCUCGUGGACCAUUAGGCCCACCUGGACGUCAAGGUCCUAGCGGGCCACCAGGAUUGGAUGGUAGUCGUGGUGAACCAGGUCCUUCUGGGUCGAAAGGAGAAGAUGGGCGCCCUGGAGAUUCUGGACUUAUGGGUCUUAAAGGCGAUAAAGGAGAGUUAGGACCACCUGGUCCUAAGGGUGAUCAAGGCCUACCUGGCGAAGAAGGUCCACGUGGACCUCCGGGAGAUAUAGGAGACCAAGGAGAUCCAGGUUUGCCUGGUAUGCGUGGUCCUGUAGGACAGCCUGGUCCACAAGGCCCUAGAGGUAAACCAGGGAAUCAAGGUCCACGAGGACGCAAAGGUGAAGUUGGAGAGCCUGGUCUACCCGGAUUAUCAGGUCCAAUUGGACCUGCAGGAGCUUCUGGACCAGAGGGAAUGGCUGGUCCUCGUGGUCCAACUGGGGUUGCCGGUCAGAGAGGACGCCCUGGUCCAUCAGGAGUUCCAGGCACUGACGGUCUGCCAGGAUUUCCAGGUCCAAAGGGAGAUGUUGGACCCAAAGGAGACACAGGUCCACAUGGACAGAAGGGUGAUACAGGCAUUCAAGGACCAAGAGGUUAUAAAGGUGAACGUGGUAGGGCAGGUCCAUUUGGUGAGAAAGGAGAAAGUGGGAAAACGGGACCGGCAGGAGUACCUGGAGAUGCAGGACCUAAAGGAGUUAAGGGAGAUCUUGGCGUAUCCGGUCCAGUAGGAGCGCCAGGAGUUGCAGGAAUGAAAGGUGACCCUGGUCCACCGGGUCCGGUUGGGAAUAGAGGAGAUUCUGGAACUAAGGGUUUGCCCGGUGCUCUUGGACCACCUGGUCCUCCUGGUCCAGAUGGAGAACGAGGUCCCCCAGGUUUGACCGGCAGACGUGGUCGUGUUGGGGAUAAAGGAGAUAUGGGACUCCCUGGAUCGCCUGGAGAAACAGGUCAACAAGGUCAAAGAGGAGCUCCUGGACCACGUGGUCCUCCAGGAAGAGUUGGACCACCAGGUCUAAAGGGAGAUGUUGGCCCAGUUGGUCCAGUUGGAUCAGUCGGACCGAUAGGAGAACAAGGUCUUCAAGGUCCUGUUGGACCUCCUGGACCGGUAGGACCACCGGGUACAGCCGGAAGAGAAGGACCAGUUGGCUUUCCAGGUCCACGUGGAGAACCAGGUGAACGAGGGCCAGCUGGACAACCCGGAAGUCUUGGUAAUACUGGACCACCAGGACCAACAGGUGAUCCAGGACCUGAAGGACAACAAGGUCCAGUUGGACCAACAGGUCCAACUGGUGAUCCCGGUAAAGAUGGUUUGCCAGGACGUGAUGGUCUACCUGGUCCUAAAGGUGUUCGAGGUUUCCCGGGAAUGGAUGGAAUGCCAGGUCGACCUGGCCCAGCUGGUGUUAAGGGUGAAAUUGGACCUGAUGGUGAAGUAGGACCUAUUGGAGAUAAAGGUUAUCAAGGCGAUGCAGGCAUUAUCGGUCCCACUGGCCCAGCAGGUCCAAUGGGUGCAAGAGGCCCACCUGGCCCAGUUGGAGUGAAAGGUUUAACAGGCGAAGAUGGUCCUCUAGGCUUGGUUGGUUCUGCUGGACCAAGAGGACCACCAGGACGUCUCGGUCCUAUUGGACCACUGGGACCACCUGGUUUUGAUGGAGAGAAGGGAGAUAAAGGUUCUCCAGGACCAGCUGGACCAAAAGGCGACAAAGGAGGAGUAGGUAUACGUGGACCAUACGGACCUCUUGGAAGCCCAGGUCUACCAGGAAUUCAAGGUCCACCAGGACUUCCUGGACAAGCUGGUGAAGAAGGACCUGAGGGAUUAGUUGGUCCAGAGGGUUUGAGAGGUUUACCAGGGGCUCCUGGAGCACCUGGGAUGAUGGGUGUAACAGGUACACCAGGAAAACCAGGUGAAAAAGGAGAUCAAGGAUCACAAGGUCCUAUGGGUCGACGUGGCUUGACUGGAACAGUUGGCGUUCCUGGACCAGUUGGUCAACAAGGUAACGUUGGGCCACCUGGUCCGGUCGGCCAACAAGGUGAGAGAGGGACUCAAGGAACAGAUGGUUCACAAGGACCACCAGGAGUUGAAGGCAGUCCAGGACUACAAGGACCACUAGGACCUAAAGGUCAAGAUGGGCCACGUGGAUCUCAAGGACUACCAGGAGAUAUGGGAAUGCCAGGACCUGAAGGACCAAAAGGCGAGUUGGGUCCCUUGGGAAUCCCUGGACCUCAAGGAUCGACAGGACCUCCGGGUCCAAAAGGUGUUCAAGGUCCAGUUGGAGAAGAUGGAUCACCUGGACCACAAGGCCCUAUGGGCAAACAAGGUUUAAGAGGACUGCCCGGACCGCUUGGACCAUCAGGCCCACCAGGUAUGACUGGUCCCCAAGGACGUAGCGGACCCCAGGGUCCUAAAGGUGUUAAAGGCGAAACAGGAGAACAGGGUAUACCCGGCGAACCAGGACGCAUAGGGCCAGUAGGAUCGCCGGGACCACCAGGAUCUUUGGGCAGUCCAGGACAACAAGGCGUACCGGGUGUAAUGGGUAAACAAGGCCGAACUGGUGAACGAGGACCAGAAGGACUACAGGGCAAACAAGGUGAACCUGGCAUACAAGGUGAUCGUGGUCCAAAAGGCAGCAAAGGUACUUAUGGUCCAAUCGGUCCAAUGGGUCCUCCUGGACCUAAGGGUGAACAAGGCGUUCCUGGGCUAGAAGGGGCACGUGGAGUAGUUGGUCUUAAAGGAGAACGAGGGCCUGUUGGGCCUGUAGGAGAUCCAGGACAACCAGGUCCACCUGGGCCGGUCGGUCCCGAAGGUCCAGCGGGACAUCCUGGACCAUCAGGUUUACCAGGUGUUCCAGGUCCAAAAGGUUCUUCUGGUCCUGCAGGACCACCUGGACCUCCAGGUCCAAUUAAAGUUUUAGAUAUGAGUGAAGGUUAUUAUCGAUUCGAAGAUACACCAAGAGUGAGACGCAAUCCAGACGAAAGUAUCACACCGAACACUCUACCAUCAGUUGGUGCAGUUCUACGUCGUAUAUACGCAAGAAUUGAAAGUUUGGAAGCAUCUAUGAAUAGUUUUGAACAACCUAUGGGUACACAACAGAAUCCAGCAAGACAUUGUCGUGAUAUAUAUGAAGCAGCUGAGUUUCCAGAAACCUUAAAAUCUGGUGUCUACUGGAUUGAUCCGAAUCUUGGCUCUCCAACUGAUGCUUUUGCAGUUGAAUGCAGAUUCCAGAAUACAGGUGAUGUAGCUGAAACAUGUAUCAAGCCAAGUGAAGAUGCUAAAACACAACCUCUUACUAAUUUUGUGAAAACAAAUAACUCAGAUGAUUGGUGGAUAUCACAUUUGAAACAACAGAAACGCAAUGCUACGUCUCUCAAAAACCAGUUAUACUAUGCACCAACAAAUCAACUUCGUUAUCUACAAUUAUUACAUUCAAAAGCAGAACAAGUUAUCACAUUCACAUGUCGUAAUACACCAGUAUAUUUUGAUGUAAAAAAUCAAAAUUAUAAAAAUGCUAUUGUUGUGAAAUUAUUUGAUGAACAUAUCAUUGACACAUAUGAAGAUCGUCGUACACGUGCAGUCGGUGGUAGUGUACUGUUAGAUGUUAAAGUUAAAGAUGAAUGUAUGGAACGAAGUAAGCAAAAAGCCAGCAGUGUGUUUGAAUUUGUAGCUCGUAAACCAAAUCUACUGCCUUUAACAGAUAUACAAUUAAAAGAAUUCGGUGAAGCUGAUCAAGAGAUUGGAUAUUACAUUGAUGCUGUUUGCUUUAGUUAA